UCCACGUGACCGGAGCCAACAUGGCGGCGCCCUUCGGCGUCCACCUGCUCGUCCGCGGAGGUUGUCAGAGAAUUUUCUCUUCGCCACUCAGUCGUAUCUACUUACACAAGCAGUUAGGCAGUCAACGAAGAAGAAAUUUCUUUUUCUGGAGACAAAGGGAUAUCUCCCACAGUGUGGUUUCUCCGGCUGCAGUUUCUCCGGCCCAUCCUGUCCCCAAGCACAUAAAGAAGCCAGACUAUGUGACGACAGGCAUUGUGCCCGACUGGGGAGAGAGCAUAGAAGUGAAGAAUGAAGAGCAGAUUCAAGCGCUUCGCGAGGCUUGUCAGCUGGCCCGGCGCAUCCUCCUCCUGGCCGGGCAGAGUCUAAAGGUUGACAUGACAACUGAAGAGAUAGAUGCGCUGGUUCAUCGGGAAAUCAUCAGUCAUGACGCAUAUCCCUCACCACUGGGCUAUGGACGCUUUCCAAAAUCUGUUUGCACCUCUGUAAACAACGUGCUCUGUCAUGGCAUUCCUGACAGCCGACCCCUUCAGGAUGGAGACAUUAUCAACAUUGAUGUCACGGUCUAUUACAAUGGCUACCAUGGAGAUACCUCUGAAACCUUUUUGGUGGGGAAUGUGGAUGAAUGUGGUAAAAAGUUAGUGGAGGUUGCCAGGAGGUGCAGAGAUGAAGCAGUUGCAGCCUGCAGAGCUGGGGUCCCUUUCUCUGUAAUUGGAAACACAAUCAGGGAAGAGGUACACCCCACCGUCCCAUGCCACACCAGGGUGACCAGCGCCCGCUCUCCCGUUGAAGAUGUGGAAUUUGAUUUCCUAAGUCCUUUGGAUUGUCUUUACAAAAUCAGAUUUAAGUCCCACCACCAGGAGAAGAGUCUGUGCUGACCAUGUGUUCCAAAGCAGUGGAAAGCGUAAGUGUUCAGUGCUUGGGAACGUUAAUGAAAUUUGAUCUCACUUACGAGUAUGCUGAAAACUACACGUUCAAAAGGGAGAUACCUGGAUGGAAGUGCAUCCCUGGCUCCUGGGAGCCAAACACAUUCCCCCAGGGAGCUGAGGGAGACGUGUCCAGUCCGCCCCUCCCCCCCAGCUGUGAAAUCCUCCAGCCCCUGCACACAUGACACCGAUUCUAGGAUACUGUAGCCCGAAGUUCCAUCAGGACCCAGAGAGCAAACUGUGGCAGGAAAAGGUACUCAGAUAUCUUUAGUUACUUAGUGGUCACACGGCCUCUUUUAUAAAGAGGAGUGAGAGGUAUGAAGGGGGGACCCCUGGAGGGCUUUUAGAGUGGUCUUUCUUCUCUCAUUGGAAGUCAAAAUGGAGAUCACCAUUAUAACACACAUUUAAGGCGUAGCUGUGAAGCCUGCCAAUCAGUUGGAUCAUUGAAGGAAAAAUAAAAUAAAAAUACUAUUUUUUUUUUUAAGAAAAUACUAGCUGGGUGUGGUGGUGUAUGCUUUUGAUCCCAGCACUUGGGAGGCAGAGGCAAGUGGCUCUCUGAGUUCGAGGUCAGCCUGGUCUACAAAGCGAGUUCCAGGAUAGCCAGGGCUACACAGAGAAGUUCUACCAAGAGAGAAAGGAAGGAAAGAAAGAAAGAAAGAAGGAAGGAAACUUAAUAUUGAAAUGCUUUUCAAAUUAUUGAACUAAUGUAACUUACGGAUGUUGGGAGAACUCAUUCUUACAUAGAAAACACAAAUAAUAACCCAGGCUAUCAUAUUAUUUAAUCAUCUCUCCUCUGUCUACUCUCCAUCCUCAGUUUUGUUCAGCAGUUUGUGGAGCUAGGAGAAAUACCUUGGAAAAGAUGUUUUCCAAAAACACCUCCAGGCCAAAGCCCAAGGAGCUACAAAAUAGCCUGGGUCCCAAAGCACAGCUUCAGAGUUGAAGACCGCCUUAUCCUCCCUGUGGCACUAGCCUUGCUUAUCCAUUUCUACCCCCCUGGUUACAGCAAAAAUAAAUGUCCAUGCGAUGUUGCCUCUUUGCUGGUCACAGGGACAUCCUUGUCUAAGGGAAGAGUCUCACAAACCUGGGAGUACUUUAAAAUGUUCUUAAAAACCAGACUGGGCACAGUGGCACAUGCUUGUGCUCCCAGCACCUGAGGAUGAUGAAUUCAAAGUCAGCCUGGCACACAAAUUAACACCUUGUUAAAAAAAAAAAAAUUUCAGAAGUGUAUGUAGACGUGAUGGUUCAUAAAGAAGUUAGCCAAAAGGCUCUGGGUAGGCUGGAGAGAUGGCUCAGAGGUUAAGAGCACUGGCUGUUCUUCCCGAGGACUGGGUUCAGUUCCCAGCACUCAUGUGGCAGCUCACAACUGUAUAUAACUCCAGAUCCAGGGUAUCUAACACCUUCACACAAAAGGCUCUGGGUGAAACUAGAGUCUGUUAGAAAUGAGUUUGAGAACUGAAACUUUGCAUUUGCUAGGAAUCGCAGCCAUGGUUCCAUAACCACCUGACCGUUGCUAUGGGCAAGGCUGGAGCCAUUAUGCCCUUGGCCCGCAUGAAAAUAUAAACCGUUAGUGUUGUACAUGUUAUCAGCCUUCCCCAAACAACUAUAUUCACCCAAUCUCAGUGAGAGCAAACCUUUCCAUCCUUGCACAUAAAGAUUUCAGAGUUGGGUUCUAUGUGCUGGGUUCCAUUUAUAAGGGAUAGCUAGAACCCAAAAUGUCUGCAUUUAUUAUUAGGUUCAGUAGUAACACAUUUAAAUAACAUUGUGAUAAAACUGUUUGCCAAUGAACGUUCCUAAUGAUAUGUAUCUUACGUGGAACCCCCCCCCCAAAAAAAAAGUCACCAAUUUUGAAAGAAAAUGGACAAGACAGACAAUCACUUGUGUCUAUUUUGAAAGUGUUUGAAAAUGUUUAACACUCUAAUUAGAUGAUAGUACAGGAAAUCAUGAAAGUAGAAAGUCAUACUUGGAUAGUAUAAUUUUGUUUAAUGCUUGAACAGUUUUUGAACAGUUACUUUACCCAUAAAGCCAUCAAAACGAGGUAAGUUCUCAUGACCCAUGUUACAGACAUGUGUGUGUGUGUGUGUGUGUGUGUGUGUGUACCUUCCUUGUGAAUGUCAGUCUACAGUUGUAUGUGUGCAUAUCUUCCUCUUGCCUAAAAAUAACCUUUGCUAAAUGUACUUUGUAUAGCUAAAAGCACUGUUAACCAGCAUCAGCCAGCACUGAAAGAAUCAAGGCAACAUUCAUGCUAUUAUCAGACUUGAAAUAGAACUGUUUUUUUUUUUC